UCCUGGAUUUAAAAUUCAAAAUUUAAUCGUUACUGUCCUGGUUGAUUGUUAAAAUGCAUCGUCGUUGUAUAAUCUGUGGCCAGGAGCCUGGUGACCAAUUCGUCUACCCACGCAACAUCUCGGAGGCACGUCGUUGGCAAAAUUGGGCCAAUCUUAGCGCCUUUGACGUAGACACGGAAACGCUGUGCCGGUAUGGCUGUGUUUGCUCUUCACAUUUGAACGUGGGCCAGAGAUCCAGCUCCGACUUGGGGACCUCAUCUGGUGCUGGUGAGGGUCUAAGGACCCCUGGCGGCUUGCAACGUGCAAAGCGGCCAUGUAGUGUCAAGUGGAGCUCUUCGGGAUCGGGAUCUGAUCCACCCAAACUUCGAAGCGGUCAAAAUUAUCCCACCAAUAACAAAGCUUUCGAGGAAGUGUAUAAUGAAAGCGAUCAGAGCCUUAGUUCGAUGAAUAAAGAAACCAGCAACGUAAACAGGUGCCAAAAUGGUUUUUGCCGAUUUCAAAGUGCCUGCAAUAACAUGCUCAACAAUAACAUGGGUUCCCGUAAUGCCUGCACCUAUACGCCAAGGUCCAACUUAACCGGCAAAAGGCCAUCUAAACCCAUAAUAAUAUCCAAGCUAAGCCAACCUCAAAAAGGCGAAGAAUGCGCUUUCGAUUGCCCAGUGAUUGGGAACAUGGGCACCCGAACUUAUCCAGAAAGGUGCUUUUGUUCAUUCUAUCCAGGAUUGCGGACUACCAACACCGAAGCUUCUCCACAAAUUUUCUGCUGCAGACAUUGCCCAGUACUAAGCCAACAAAAAGUAAUAACAGCACAGGAGAAUAAAACAUCAAGAAAUGGCCAACAAAAAACACGAUACUGCGACAGGGCGUGCUGCCCCGAUGUGAGGAACCAAAGAGCGGAGGACUCGAGUUCCAUGGCAGAUGACUUUAGCAACAUAACAAGUAUCCUGAACGGAGAGGCAGCGCAAGCGCGUGGGAAUAAAGGCAACACAACUAUGCAAAUUAACAACCAGCAAAGCAGAAGUCCCAAUUCGGAGCAAAAGAGCAAAUGCUGCCAGGCUAUAUUUAAAUGUCAGCUUAAGGACCAGGAGGUGCAAUGCUCAAAGCUGACCCUUGCAGAGUCGCAGUCUCAGAGUUCUGAACCUAUUAGUAGAUCUAAGGCUGCUAGUUCUCUGAGCUAUCGAACCUCAAGUUUGGGAACUAGUUUAUCUGCCGGACAUAAAACAAAUUCCAGUAACUUUUCUUAUGCUGGCGACCGAAAGCAUUCAAAUGCCAUAAACGUACUGCUAAUGAACGGAAACCGAAACGACUUUGAUGAUUCGUGCUGCUGUACACCUAAGCUUCGUCCCUCGGGGCCACCUCCGGCGAUUUGCGUACAGGAGUCGGAUCUUACCGGGUCCGACGAACAAGUAGUUUAUCCGAACAUCGAUAAGCCCAACUAUAGAGUUUGUCAGCCUGCCACCGCCGAUCGUAACGAGACCAACGUCCUUGUCCUUGAAGAGGGUCCCAUGGAUGGAUGUUGCCCCAAAACUGCGGGUGAGGGAAAUUCAGCAACUGGUGAGGGUCAGGAUCAGAAUAAGGGAGAGUCGACUUCUGAUCCUAACCAGAGUAGAAAUUGGCAGGACAGAUUUGGUGACAAUUGGCUUGAUAACCCGGCAACGGCUAACUACACAAAACUCCUGGAAAUGCAAAGAGCUCGAAUCAAGGAGCUGGAAACUCUGCUGCAGCAGCACAAUCAGCUGCAGCAGACUAUCCAGCACAAGGUGGCGGAGCUUCAGUGUACAGAUCAGCCGGUUCUUAAAGAUGAAAACAAAACUUAACAUAUUAAAUACAUGCCAAACAAGUGUC